UUUACCUGUGGAGUUCAGAGAAAGUCAAGCGCGAUCAGAUAUUGAAAGUUGACACGUCUCUCCGAGUCCUCAAUGUUUUAAAGCAGAUUAGUUUUCUUGACACACCAGAUCUCUCUCCACAUAGCGGGGCUGCUAAGUUAGGUAAAUAUUGCCCCGUUAUUAGGACUUGUCAAGUUGAUUUUCUAAGUCUCGGGUAUUUUCAGACACGGUUUUUAAUAUAGCGCCCAGGCUAAUCAAUGUCAUAAGUGAGGCUUUUUUCUCUCUCUCUCUCGAUAUGUUCCUCUCAUAAGCUAUUGUUUACUUACGCGGCGUCAAAGUCUUUUCGGUUUUAUUAAUAAAUUCUAUAGGGAGAUCGACAAAUAUGAAAAAAAAAAUAUAUGUGCCAGUGAUUUUUUUUUUCAAUAAAAGAAGGAAGAAUAAAAAAGAAAAGCUUUAACGUGAUGUAAUGACCCCAGACUUUGAAAAAUGCAGGUCGGUCACUCCAUAUUUGUCUGUAAAGUAAAUAUUAGUGUUGAGUUGUUUGUAUGGACUUUUGAAAAAAAGCAAACAAAAGAGGGAAACCUUUUUAAAGGGAUAUAGCGCUCAGAAAUCCAUUAAGCGUCCGUUUGCAUCCAGUCAAACCAGUCGACAGCCAUAUAGAUUUUCCCUCUCUCUGUGUUUUCUAAACACAGGUAUUUUCAACAAAAGCCUCUUAUACAUAUACAUACCCAUUCACCCAAGGGCAGGUAACUCCUGGUUUGAAUUGUGAACAACUCUCUCACUCUCUCUCAUUCACACUGUGUGUGUUUAGACGUGGUUUACACAGAGGGAGAGACUAUUUGGCAUUAGACAUUGGAUAGACCUGAGAAUUUAGGGGGAGAGUAAUUUUGUACUGUGAUUCCCUAUUGUGACAUUUUUCAUGGUUCCCUAUGUUUUAUCGAUAUAAUGAACCUGUGUGUUGAUUAUUAACGACCGCUGUGAUGUCAUCGGAUUCUGCUGGAUCGACGUCCGCUGAUCUGGACAUGCUGGGUGUUCAGGUCCGCACCCUGUUUGUGAGCGGGCUGCCUAUGGACGCCAAACCCCGGGAACUCUACCUCCUAUUCAGAGCUUACAAGGGAUAUGAAGGUUCUCUGUUAAAAGUCACAAAUAAAAACGGCAAAAAUACCUCCCCGGUAGGGUUCGUGACCUUUAGUUCUAGGAGUGCCGCUGAGGCUGCCAAACAAGAUUUACAGGGAGUAAGAUUUGACCCUGACUUGCCACAGACAUUAAGGUUGGAGUUUGCAAAAAGCAAUACAAAAGUCACCAAACCUAAACAGCAAAGUCCACAACCGGCUGCCACCCACCCAACACUUAUCCACCCAAUCACAGGGCAGGAACUUAGUGCAGCCUUUUUCCCAGGAGCCACAGAGACAUGGGCACCACAUCCCCUUGCGGCGUACCCAGAAUUAGCCGCACCAACAGCCGCCCUCCACCACCACGCUCUCAUACAGCACCCAGCUCUGGCUCAAGUCCCGGUACGGGAAUGGACAUUUCACACCCUUCCUCAGGAAUGGAUUCCUCAUCUGCAGAUUCACCACCCCACCAUGGUAGCCUCCCCCCAGGCUGUGUCGGCCGCCCUGCCACACCCCCCUAUAGCGGCCACGCCCAUUCUUACGAGCCCCCUGAGCACGAGCGUCAGCACGGCGGGCGCCGGCACGCUACAGGUCCAGCAGACGUCCUCCCAGAGCCCGGGGGUGUCCAUGGCGGCCCACACCAGUAACUCGCCCUGCUCCACCCUGUUUGUGGCCAAUUUGGGACAGUUCUCCUCCGAGCAGGAGCUUAAAGACUUGUUCAACAGUUUCCAGGGUUUCAGCCGGCUAAGAAUGCAUAACAAAGGAGGAUCACCCGUAGCAUUUGUAGAGUUUCAGGAUGUGAGACAAGCGUCGGAGGCCAUGGGGCGACUUCAGGGCUUCGUCCUUCUUUCCUCAGAUCGAGGCGGAAUCCGCAUCGAGUAUGCUAAAAAUAAGAUGGGAGAGGUGGGAAAGAAGGAAGAAACCUCUGGUCUAUCCCCAGUAAGCACCACAACGAUUUUCUCAUAAAUAUUCAAAAGGUUGUGUUUCCAUAGGAACGGCUUUUCCCCCUUCCUGUUGUCUGCAUCUGUCGAGGAGGCUCGCUGUGAUUGGAUAAAAAUAAUCAUCAGUGAAGCUUUUUUGUUUCAUCCUUUUGAGUGAUUGCUAUUAAUAAAACUUAUGGUCUCAUAUCGCUAGCGAGUGUUACUUUUAAAUUUAUUUAUAUGAUAUAUUAUAUAUUUGAAUAAGGAGGACUUUUUUGGUUUUUGUGGUGAAGACAUUGUUAUUCUAUAAGAUAUUAUACAUAUAUAUCUGUAUACAAUAUGUUGAUUGAUUCUCAUUGUAGAUAAUCCAUGUUACUUAAUGUUUAUCGUGUAUUUGAUAUUAUAUAAGUCAUGCAUACAUUACAUGUAUAUGAAAGAUUUUGAUUGGUUGAUGAAGUCACCUGACAUUGUCGUCACUAAGUGAUAUGCAAAUAAGAAGGUCUUUAGAGUUCAAGCAAAGAGACCUAGAAGAUCUCAGAAACUGUGUGAAUUUUUAUCACGUUCGAAUAAUUGUUGAGAAUCUAAUAUGAAUAUCAAUUAUUUUGCAAAGGAAAUGAAAUAGUGCACUCCAUUGUGACGUCAUCGACUUUUGAUGCCUACAAAAUCAUUGUGAUUUGGUAUAUACGAUUUUUUUUGUUCUUCAUUUUUGCUGUGAUGAAAAGCGUGUGUUAUUUGAUAGGUAUGACAAAUGUUUCCCAGGGACUUUUAAGAUUUAUUUAUUUUUUGUCCAAGAUAAUUCGAGACGUUUGUUGACAAAUCAUGAAUGUACGAUUCCUAGAUUUGCUAUCCUGAAUAAGCAAUUUGUUUCUUUUGUAUUUUGCUGUUUAAAUAUUUUGAAAGAAGCAACUGGUUUUACAACUGUUCAAAAAUAAUGUAUGUCUUGAGCGAAAUUUACAUUAACAUUUGUAUUUAAUUAAAAUAGCCUUGCAAUUUUGUAGGAAACACUAAUUUUAAAGGAAGAGCAAGAGAUGCAUGAACAUUAGCAUUUAAAUAUUUAUCAAAAAGGUCAGUUUUGAAAAAAAAGAUUAAAAAAAAUGAAAUAAUUAUUUACUGUGAUGGGGAAGUAAUCUGGUAUUAGGGUGUGUAAGCAGACAGCUUUCGGCAACAGGAAGCAUGAAGCGAAAUAUCGAUACGGCGCUAUAUCGAUAGUGCGCUAUAUCGGAAUAGAUUUCCCAAGGUUAUCCGUCCACUGUUCUAACAUAUCGGAUGACAAGAUGGAUUUAUAGAAGCACAAACUCACAGAUAUUAAACAAACAGGACAUGUAGAAUUUUCAGUUUUUGAGAUUCACAGUUUUUUUUUCAUUUUACUUACUUCAAUUUUAAAAAGAAAUAGGAAUGAUGAUGAUUCUUUGCUAAAACGUAAUAGUGUUAUUUUUUAAUCACUCCAGUUCGAAAUUUUCUGCACUUUUUUAUGGGAUUUAAUGAAGUGUUCAAAACGGCAGAUCUCUUUGUAAUGUUUUGUUUAUUUGGAGUUUUUAAAAUCGUAUAAAGAAGGCUUCGGUAAACUUUUUCAGGGGUAAUACACAUGUAAACCAGUAGUGAUUUUGUCUACUCUGAAAAGUAAUGCGAAGGCACCGUUACCCUUUUUUUAAAGCAAUAUAAAAACACUGCUAAAAUGCACCAUCGCACUUGUUAGAUGAUAAAACAAGGUUGUGUUUUUAGAUGAGUUAAAGAGUCGGUCAUUAGAUUCACUUGUCACACCUUAGGCUAAUAUGCAACAAAAAUUCGAUAAGCACUUUUGCACUAGAAAUGUCUUUUUUCCCUUCUUAUUUUGAAUGGUUCAUUUUCUUUCUAAUUCACCUCAUUCAAAGGUUUCACUCUCCAACGAUGUUGUACAGAUAAUAAAACAUUCCAUUUUUUCCUCUAUGAAAAUGUUCCUACAUACUCCAUGACACUAAAAAAUCCCUUCCAGAUGAUUGGUCACUUUUAUACUGACGUUAUGCGAUUCUUGCGUCAUCCGAAAAGUUUUGCAUUCACAGAACACGAAUAUCAUUUAGUACACGUUAUUGAAUUUAAAUCUGGAGAGUAGAAAUUGAUCAAUUAUUUAUGUUUUUAUUUAUUUAUUGUAAAAUAGUCUCAAGUAGGAUAGGUUUUUAUCAAAAUGAUAUUCAUCGUUCGCAAAAUGUCAACAAAUAUGCAACUGUUUAUAUAACUAUUGUUGAUUUGGUAUUAGUGCUGUAGGUUUGCUGGUGAAUGUGGCGUGAAAGUGUAUUUACUGUACUACAUGUGUGUAUCAAUGGAUGUAUAGACCAAUACGAUCACUUGUUACAAACUUAUGCUUAUUAUUGAUUUUAUAUAUUUGCUUACAUCUUGAUUGUCUGUCUCAUAUUAUUGUGUUACUACGAAAUCCAGUGAAUAAUCAUUGAGGAUAUUGUGAUUGACCAAUCAAAUUGAACAUACGAGUUGAGCGGUCAAUCAAAUGAUUCGUGUGAAAUGCGACGCGUUUGGUUGACCAAUCGAAUUAAACUUUACAAACAGGGCUAGAAAUACUUGUAGCAUAAUCAUAAUGUAGCGUAUAGAACAAAAUUACGAUGACACAGGGUAUGAAAUAUCAUCACGAAAAAUAACAAAACAAAACAUAGGAGGAUCAAACUUAGCUUCAGAGAUCAAAUAUCUACUAGUAGUGAUUGCUUUUGUCUGUAAAUCGAUACUCAACCUUCUGCUGCAAUGGUUAAUGGUUUUUCAGUUUUCAUCGAACCUUUAGAGAUAGAAAUUUGUACUUUCCCGUAGGAAGGCUCAAUAUUCAACAGAUUACCCAUCAGAUCUAGCUAAAAAUGUACCUAUGAUUUUAAAACUAUAAAUUAUUUUUGGGUCGAUGAAUAUCCAAUUACUAGUAUUUUACUUUUAGAAAUGUUUCCUUAACGUUUUACAAAGCUAAUCUUCUGAAGGAAAUUGAUAUAGUUUAAACUUGGGCAUGGCCGUCUAGGCCUCUUCUAAAGAUACAAUUGCAUUUUGAAAGUUCUUUGUUAAUAAAUUUUGGUCGUGUGUAGCGGUACUAUGGAAUAUUAGGUUUAACAUUGUUGAUUUUAAUCGUUAACAGGGUAGCUCUCUAUUUGUUCUUUCUUGUUAGUUGACAAUCUCUGUAAAAUAAAACGCUCAGAGGAUAUAGUAUAUUAACUAGGGACUGCUUACAGAUCACUCAUGCAAUUUGUCAAUCAAGUGACACUUUGUUAUUGUUUACAUUUGGAAAUCGAGUGAAAGAUUUCUGAAAGUAAAAAUAGCUUGGUUUUAAAUCACCUUUUUCUACACGUCCUUUUCGUAAGAGAAAUGCGUCUCAUAGAUAAGUAUGUUUAUGUAUUUUAAAAUAUAUAUAAAUUAUGCAAACUGUUUUUUCACUAGCUUUGUUUUUCGUACUUGUUUACUCUUUUUAAAAAAAAUCUGUUGUAGUAUUCUGUCAUUGUGGUCAGUAUUGAUCAUCGAUUGGUUGUUUUUGUCACGUGGUAGAGGGCUACUUAUCUUUUGUGCGAGUUAUAUUUCUUGUCUUAUGGACUCUAAAAUGUCAGAUUAAAUACUGACUGGUUUUUUUCAUUAGAAAACUCUUUAGGAUUCGUAUCCACCGCAUUUGGUCAAUCAUGGAACAAUUUUGUUUCUUUUUAAUUUUUGGUUUUUGGAAGGAGUAAAAUAAGGUAUUUUUUCUCUAUUUUAGCCACAGUGCGCCGUGCAAUGUCUAAUUUUUGCUCAAAUCUGUUCUUUUUAUUCAGUACUUUAUGUUAGCGACUUAGCAUUGAUAUGUGGGAUUCAUUGUAGUAUGAACUGUUUACUCUCUAACUGGUAGAAACACGAAAAAAGGGCAUUAAAAUGCCAACUUGACAUCGAAAUAGUCAUGUUCUAUUUUCCCGUCAUGCAUUGACUUCCCACAUUGCAAUGAACCGGAAGUUUUUUCGAAGUAUUAGUGUUUUGCCAUUUAUGUACAUUGUAGUUUUUUUGGGUCACCUGUGGCCCCGUUAUGUAAAUUAUAUCAUACAUGUCUUUACAUGGAAUAAAUGACCAACGUCAAUAAA